AUGCUCAGCAUUCGUGUUACAGUCCAAUUCUCCAAGCCAUACAUCACUGCUGGAAAAAGUCUAGCCUUGGCUACUUGGAUCUUUUGUGGAAAGAGCUUUAGACAGAGUUCCACUCUUACUGAUCAUCAGAGAAUCCACACUGGAGAAAAAUCUUAUGAAUGUAAUCAUUGUGGAAAGGCUUUCAGAAAGUCAUCCAGACUUGCUCAACAUAAGAGAAUCCACACUGGAGAAAAGCCUUAUAAAUGCCAUCAAUGUGGAAAGAGUUUUAGACACAAGUUCAAUCUUGGUGUUCAUCAGAGAACCCACACUGGAGAGAAACCUUAUGAAUGUAAGCAAUGUGGAAAGGCUUUCCCAAGGCCAGACAGACUUGCUCAACAUCAGAGAAUCCACACUGGAGAGAAACCUUAUGAAUGUAAUCAAUGUAGAAAGACUUUCAGGCAUUAUUUCAGUCUUGCUGAACAUAAGAAAAUCCACACUGGAGAAAAACCUUAUGAAUGUAAUCAAUGUGGAAAGACUUUCAGAUCCAAUUCUGAUUGCCUUAAACAUCAGAGAAUCCACACUGGAGAGAAACCCUAUGCAUGUAAACAAUGUGGAAAGACUUUCACACAGAGCUCCAAUCUUGCUCUACACCAGAAAAUCCACACUGGAGAGAAACCUUAUGAAUGUGAUGAUUGUGGCAAAGCUUUUAGCAACCAUUCAGCUCUUCUUGUUCAUCAGAGAAUCCACACUGGAGAGAAACCUUAUGAAUGUGAUUAUUGUGGCAAACCUUUUAGGGACCGCUCAUCUCUUCGUGUUCAUCAGAGAAUCCACACUGGAGAGAAACCGUAUACAUGUUAUCAAUGUGGAAAAGCUUUCACACAGACGGGCCAUCUUGAUAUUCAUAAGAAAAUCCACUCUGGAGAGAAACUCUAUGAAUGUAAUCAAUGUGGAAAGACUUUCAGAAAAAGCUCCCAUCUUGCUGAACAUCAGAGAAUCCACACUGGAGAGAAACCCUAUGAAUGUGAUGACUGUGGCAAAUCAUUUAGCAAUCGUUCAUCUCUUAUAGUUCAUCAGAGAAUCCACACUGGAGAGAAACCUUAUGAAUGUAAACAAUGUGGAAAGGCUUUCACAAAGACGAGCUCUCUUGCUGUACAUCAGAGAAUCCACACUGGAGAGAAACCUUAUGAAUGUAAACAGUGUGGUAAGAGUUUCACACAAAGGAAUAAUCUUGCUAAGCAUCAGAGAAUC